UACUUCCCUCUCUCAGAGUCGCAGCCGGGCGAGACUGACUCCGUGCUUUCGCUUCUGUCAAAUUCGAGUCGCUUUUUCGGUCCUCACACACCAUGAGCUGGCAGGACUACGUGGACAAGCAGCUGCUCGCCUCGCGGUGCGUCACCAAGGCGGCCAUCGCCGGACACGACGGCAACGUGUGGGCCAAGUCCGAGGGCUUCGAGCCGUCGAAGGACGAGUUGGCAAAGCUGGUGGCGGGCUUCGAGAGCCAAGACCUGCUGACCACAGGGGGUUUGACGCUGGGCGGCACCCGCUACAUCUACCUUUCGGGCACAGACAAGGUGGUGCGCGCCAAGCUGGGCAAGGUGGGCGUGCACUGCAUGAAGACGACCCAGGCCGUCGUGGUCGCCCUCUAUGAAGACCCCAUCCAGCCCCAGCAGGCAGCUUCGGUCGUCGAGAAGCUCGGAGAGUAUCUCGUCGGCUGUGGAUACUAGCACUCGAGGUGGAGAGCGGCCGAAGAUCUUGUGGACGUCGCUUGCUUGUUAUUAUUUCAGCCCAGGAGGGCCUUAAACAUUGCCAAUUAAGUGAUAAUUUAAAAGUAUUUUCAAAAUUAAAAGAAAAAGAAAUCGACACACGCGCAUUUGGUUGCUGAUCAUCGUGACUUGAAGUGUUUUUUGGUCCUUUUGUACUACUCUAAUUUAAGAUCACAUCGAAAACUACUACUACUAUAAAAUACUACUACUAUUUGCUGGACAAUUUCCUUUUUUGUGAAUUGAAAUAAUAAAAGAUAAGGGGAACUUGAAAAAAACUCAACCACGUGCCAAUUUGAGUCCGAUCCCCGCCCGCCCGCCCGCCCAACCGCCCCCGCAGCAGCUCGAUUCUUUCUUUCUUUCUCGCUCCUUCUCACGGCGCAUUUUUCAAAUACUAAGUACACACACACACACACGACACAAACACACAGACACACACACUUACACGAUUGAAUUAAUGGUAAAAUAAUAAAUAAAAGAAAAAAGAAGGAAAAAUCUCCUGUCAGUAUUCUAUGAAAAUACCAUUGAUCCCUAUCGCUGUUUUUAUUUUAUUGAAUUGAGUGACAAAUAAUAAUGAAACAACUUUAGAAUAAAAAGCCGUUUUUCAUUUUCAAA